ACGCUGUGGGAGAGCGCCAGUAUAAAGUGUAUCUGCGCUGUGGGAGAGCGCCAGUAUAACGUGUAUCUGCGCUGUGGGAGAGAGCUAGUAUAACGUGUAUCUGCCCUCGCACGGCGAGUCAAGGAGCGCACGGCCGGAGGGGGAUGAAGAUGGCGGACGCCAAGCAGAAGAGGAACGAGCAGCUGAAGCGCUGGCUGGGCUCGGAGACGGACAUGGAGCCGCCGGUCCUCAGGAGCAAGAAGCCGCGGGUGAAGUUCGACGACGGCGCCGUGUUCCUGGCCGCCUGCUCCAGCGGAGACGCCGACGAGGUGCUGCGCCUGAUCGGCCGUGGAGCAGACGUCAACUACGCCAAUGUGGACGGGCUCACCGCGCUGCACCAGGCCUGCAUAGACGACAACGUGGACAUGGUGACCUUCCUGGUGGAACACGGCGCCUGCAUCAACCAGCCCGACAAUGAGGGCUGGAUCCCCCUGCACGCGGCCGCCUCCUGUGGCUACAUGGACAUCGCUGAGUACCUCAUCAGCCAGGGUGCCAACGUCGGCGUGGUAAACAGCGAGGGCGAGACGCCGCUGGACAUCGCCGAGGAGGAGGCCAUGGAGGAGCUUCUCCAGAACGAAAUCAACCGGCAAGGCGUGGACAUCGAAGCGGCCCGGAAGGAGGAGGAGCGCGUGAUGCUGCGCGACGCACGCCAGUGGCUCAACAGCGGGCAGAUCACCGACGUCCGGCACACCAAGUCCGGUGGCACCGCCAUGCACGUGGCUGCCGCCAAGGGUUACACGGAGGUUUUAAAGCUUUUAAUCCAGGCAGGGUAUGAUGUAAAUAUUAAAGACUAUGACGGCUGGACGCCCCUGCAUGCUGCUGCUCACUGGGGGAAGGAGGAAGCCUGUCGGAUACUGGUGGACCACAUGUGCGACAUGGACGUGGUUAAUAAAGUGGGUCAAACGGCGUUUGAUGUAGCGGAUGAAGAUGUCUUGGGCUAUUUAGAAGAACUGCAAAAGAAGCAGAAUCUGCUUCUGAGUGAAAAGAAGGAUGUUAAAAAGUCUCCAUUGAUAGAAACUACGACCACUGGGGACAAUAAUCAUUCUGUGAAACCAGUGAAGAGUGAAACACUUUUACUUGAGCCGGAGAAGAACGCUCCACGCAUCGACACUCUGGAACCAGAGAAGGUGGACGAGGAAGAGGAGGGUAAGAAAGACGAGUCUAGCUGCUCCAGUGAGGAAGAGGAGGAGGAAGACUCGGAGUCAGAAAAUGAAGCAGACAAGGCCAAGUCGUCCACUCCCAUGAGCAACUCCAACAGCAUGGUCCCUGCCCCUGCUCCUACGCCCACACCUGCUCCUACCCCCUCAAGUGUUGCUGUCUGCUCCCCUUCGAGCCCGACCAACCAGGUGACCACCCCCACCUCACCUGUGAAAAAGUCUGAUAUUCUCACUGCCCUUAUGCCCGUGGGUGAGGCUGCCUGUCCUGCAUUGUGGCGUCAGGGCUUGCGAAAAACUGGCAUUUCUCUUGUGCCCAAAAAAGCGAUGGUUGGCGUCCCCGCUGGGAAGGUUUCGCCCAAGGAGGAUGAGAGGAAGGACGAGUCUCCGGCGUCGUGGAGGCUGGGCUUGCGCAAGACGGGCAGCUACGGUGCGCUGGCCGAGAUCAGCGCCACAAAGGAGGGGCAGAAGGAGAAGGAGGCGACCGGCGUGAUGCGCUCCGCCUCCUCACCGCGCCUCACCUCCUCCCUGGACAACAAGGACAAGGAGAAGGAGAAAGAGAAAAGCCGCCUGGCCUACGUCGCCCCUACCAUCCCCCGCAGGCUCGCCAGCACGUCGGACAUUGACGAGAAGGAGAACAGGGACUCGGUCACUAGCCUGGUGCGUAGUGGUUCCUACACACGGAGGCGCUGGGACGAGGACCUGAAGAACAGCGAUGGAGACACCCCACAGAACCGAACAUCCAGCUACCAGCACAGCACAUCUCACACGUUCAUGCUGGGCCGCGGCGGGAGCGCCCGCGUUGACCUGCCUGCCAAGUCUUCCUCCGCUUCCAGCUUGGAGCCUAACAGCUGCAGCACUAAAGCCUGGCAGCCGCCAUCCUCCUAUCAGCCUUACAGCAUACACCGCAGCGGAUCGUUUGGAAGGAGGCAAGACGAUGCUGUGACCUCCACUACGACGACAACAAGCACCACCUCCACUAUUACCUCACCUACAGGUCACCGCAGUCUGUUUUCCAGGUAUUGGUCAGAGGACAGUGCUGAGAAAGAGAAAGAGUCCGCGACUGUUAUCCCCACAAUCAACACUGCAGCCACGACCACCUGCACUACUGGGACUGCACUGGGCUCUGACGGCAGGGAGAGACGCAGGUCUUACCUCACACCGGUGCGGGACGAAGAGUCAGAGUCUCAGAGGAAAGCUCGAUCUCGACAGGCUCGCCAGUCCAGGAGGUCCACGCAGGGCGUAACCCUGACAGACCUCCAGGAGGCAGAAAAGACCAUCGGGCGGAGUCGUGUCUCGCGCCCCCGGGAGGAGGAGAAGGAGGAGCGGGAGAAACAGGACAAGGAGAAGCAGGAGGAGAAAAAGGAGGUUGAGUCGAAGGAGGACGACUAUCGGUCACGCUACCGCAGCUUGGAGGAGCGCUACCGCACCUCCUCCCUAAGCUCCUCCUCCUCCACUACGGCCUCCACGCUGCCGUCGACCUCCGCCAGCUCAUCCUCAAUCUACACCACCUCCUCGUCUUCGCUGAACCGGCCCAGCAGCCUGGCGGGCCUCACAUCCACUUAUAGCCGCUCGAGCUCGGCCCGUGAGGCCGAUAAAGAAGCAGAUAAGAAAGAGGAGGAGAAAGAGGGGGAGGAUCGGUCUCAGCCCCGCUCCAUACGGGAUCGCAGACGACCUCGCGAGAAACGACGCUCUACUGGGGUAUCGUUCCGGACUCUGGACAGUGAUGAGAACGACCUGGAGCAGCAGUCCGACUCGGAGGAGGGAAGCACUAAAGGAGAGCCUCAGAGCGACAGACUGUCUAGCGCGUCCUCCCUCGACCGCUACGAGCACCUGGACAGCCGUGGGCACCGGGAAGGCCGCCGGCCGUACUCGCGCAAUGACAGAGAUGACGCCACCGAUUACAAGAAGCUUUAUGAACAGAUUCUAGCUGAAAAUGAGAAGCUGAAAUCUCAGUUACGUGACGCGGAUCUGGAGCUGGCAGACCUGAAGCUACAGCUGGAGAAGGCCACACAGAGGCAGGAACGCUUCGCGGAUAGGUCGCAAUUAGAGAUGGAGAAAAGGGAAAGAAGAGCUCUAGAAAGAAAGAUCUCUGAGAUGGAGGAGGAACUGAAGAUGCUACCAGACUUGAAAGCGGACAACCAGAGACUAAAGGAUGAGAAUGGUGCUCUGAUCCGAGUCAUCAGCAAGCUUUCCAAGUAGAACAGCAGCCCCUCACCCCUCUGACACUUAGAUAUUAUUACACCAGACAUCGGCGACAGGACUGCUCCUUUUCCCUGGUCACCCACCCUCACCUCUCACACGUGCUCUCUCUCGCUCUCGCUCUCUCUCUCUCUCUCUCUCCGUCCGUGCUGUUUCUCUCCGUUCAUGACCCUCAUCCCUUCCAGUCCUCCUCUCUGCGGGUCCGGCAGGUCCCAUGGCUAGCUGCACUACACUGCACAUGCAGCAGCAGAGUUUACAGGGUUGAGAGAACCAGGGUAGAUGGCUGUGGAGGCGCUGUGGGCCGGGAACAACCUCCCGAACUAUUUAACCAAUAAGCCUUAGUUGUACAGGAAAGGAGCAAGGAUGAGGAACCCACUUGUGUCAGUUUCUCUUGGCUGUCACAGAAGGACGGUUAUUUCACACCUGAUUUUAUUUGUACCACAAGGUGUCUGUUUUUUGUUUUUUGUUUUUCCUGGUUUUGUUUUUGCAUUUUUUUUUUCUUCUCUUAUGCAUACAUAUGUUACAUAAAGUGCAGCUUCCCCUCUCAACUGGUACACUGUUUUUUUUUUCCCACUGCCCCCCGCCAGAAGUCUCGCUCCCUUUUCGGUGUUUCUCAGCAGCGGACUUUCCAGCAUUCAGCAGUGUCGUCGUUUCCUCCCCAACCCCGCCCCUGUGCACGCACAAACACACAUGCGCGACACACACACUCACCGAGCCCUGUUCCCUCCCUGAGUUCUGGUCAGAGGGAGAUGUCUCCCUGGCUGUGUUGAGCAGGUGGACCUGGUGGAGUUUAGCUUUCACUUGAAUGUGCAAUAUGAGUCUGUUUCUUUAUACAAUGCUUUAAAGAUCAGUUCGUCACGAGUAAUGUUCACUUGCCCCUUUUCUGCCCCCAUCCCUUUCUCCCUUUUCUUUGUUUGUAGCGUAGUCCGUGGUUUAUACUCCUCCCCAACCCCCCGUUGUUUUAGCAGGUACGGAGUGAAGCUGUAUAUACCUGUAUGUAUUGUUUGAGACAAGCACAUGGCAUGCAUUGAUGCUGUUCUGUCUGUUACUGUUGAAAUAUACCAACUCCAGAGGACAAAAUGAAACAAAAAAAAAGUGUGUUUUAACUUUAUCUUCUUCUUUUAUAGUCUGAAGACAUCGAAUAAAAGUAGUGCCUCCCUCGUAAAGGGGGAUGGCUACAGAUGUUCAGUGCAUUCUUUCAGUUUUAAAGAAAAAUAUUCACCAUAAUUGUGACAUAAGAAUAAUAUAAUGACUUCACUACUUUCACACGUUGUAUUCCGUAUCUUUGGAAGAGUGCUGUUCCCCUCCCUCCUCUUGCUAUUAGUAUAAGCUGAGGUGUUGUCACUAAAAAGAAAAGCCUAGAUAUCGCUAACCCAGUUCACCCCCCAACCCCCACUCCCCCCCCCCCCUAUUUUUAUUUUAAACAUUGUCUACAUGCACUGUUAAUGCCAUGCCAGGAGUCUCGUCCAUUUUUAGCGAUCUUUGCCACCAUAUCAGAUGAUUGUGUGUGUGUGUGUGUGUGUGUGUGUGUGUGUGUGUUGGAAACCAGUUUAAUGCAUUUCAGUGGCCUUUUAAAUACUGUAGUUGAGAGAAGAAAAUGUCGCUGUUGUUGGACUUUCAGCUGUCUCCGCUUUGGUUUUAGCUUUUUUAUGGUUUUUUUUUUUUUCCUCUCUUUUUUAUUUUUUGGAAUUUUUUUUUUUUUUUUUUUUUAAAUAUCAUCUUGUAAAAUAGACGUGUGGCUUCCUACAUGCAAGCUGUGCUGUGACUACCAACCACUGAGAGUUCAUUAAAAUAAAGUUGUAAAUUGUAAAAAUC